UAUCCUCUGCUGGGUCUGGCAUUGCUUCAUCACAACAUCGUAGGUUUUUUUUAAUAUAUAGAUGUCCUAGUGAUGACGUAGCAUUGUCUUACCAGGCUCACCGCCUGACGAGUGAGCGGGUCAUUGUAAUUCUCUUGGGUUUAUUAUUUUCUUGUCUAUCGAUUGGUUUAUUAUAUUUUUUUAAAAUCGAUAUAAGUAAUCAAAAGGUUAAUUUUUAUAUUUCAGAUCAGGUUCCCAACUUCCAACUGAAGCUAAUAUAGAGUGAUUUAUGAAGGACAAAUUGUUACAGAAAGAACAAUGUUAAUUAAUUUCUGUUCCUUUAUUGAUCCCCGGUUACCACAUGACAGUGUAUUUUUUAUUGUUACCAUAUGACAUGUAAUUUUUUUUUAUUGUUACCAUAUGACAGUGUAUAUUUUUUUAUUGUUACCAUAUGGCAGUGUAUUUUUCAUGUGAUAUUUUUCAUACAUUUGAUUUACUUCAAAUAAACUAUAUUCGUCUCCUCCCAUAUUCGCCCCCCCCCCUUCACACUCAUAUUUUAUCUGGGGAAUCAUCUGUUAAUGUUUCUGUCGUACAUUGCCCUUUAUUUGUAUUGCCUUUUAAAAAUAAACCCGUGACUCCAUCGCCACACAAUUGGAUUAAAUUUUUCAAAUCUCCAAGUUUACAAAUAUAUACAUGUAUAUCCACCAGUAAUUGCCUAUAUUAACGCCUAGAGCUAUGACAAUUAUGCUGAUCUACACCACACCUACACAUUUUUAAAAAAAAUGGUUGAGAACAAUAUGAAGCGACUGGGAUCGUUGCAGUUUUCUUUCCUAUUUCUGAAUGUUAUUUUCUGGGCUGUCGGGAUCGGGAUCGUGGGAUUUGUGUCCUGGACUUUAUCGUCCCUCCCUAGUGGCACAGAGUUCCUGUCGGUGGCAUUUGUUUUCCUGUACAUCAUUCUGUUUCUGGGCCUCGUUAUCGCAGCCACAGGUUUGUUGGGAUGCUUGGGCGGUUUGUUCCGGGCUAUCUGUCUGCUCAGAUGUUACACUGGAUUCAUGGUGGCCUUUAUUUUUAUCGAGGUUGCCAUAGCAAUUGGUGCAUACACUCAACAAGAUCAGAUUCCGUCCCUUAUCACCUCUACCUGGCCUCAGCUGAACAACGACACCAAGUUCUCUCUACAAGCUGAGUUGGAGUGUUGUGGCAUCAACAAUUACACGGAGUACGGGCUGGAGUUGAUGGACAUACCAGAAAGCUGCUUCAAGGUUUACGACACAUUGACGGUUCACACCAAAUCAUGGACUUUACUCUUCGAGACACCUUGUCUUCAACAAAUAGAGAAUUGGUUCAGAACUAACUUGCCUAUUUGGGUAACCAUCUUGAUCCUGAUAUGUAUCAUACAAUUUGUGAGUAUGGGAUUAGGAAUAUCCGUCAGUGUAAAGAUAGAGGAGAACAUGGUGGUCCACCCCGCGCCCGAUCCCCCUGACGAGGAGCAACCACCAGAUGGUGCUACUAUUAUUUGUUCGGAAUCGCCCCAUCCAGAAUCAUCACGCAUGAGUGAAUUCUCUGAUCAACAGUCCACGUCCUCCCUUUCAGGAGAGACGACGACCGGGAAACUGUCUGAAGUUCCGGAGGAAGACGAGGAACAGCUGUCGUCUGGUGUGGUGUGUUGUGAUUCCAAGGACGAUUUUGACGCAAGCAGAUCUCAGACGCGUUCUCCCACAGAGAAUGACGUAGAUACGGAGAAAGUUCAGACAAAGUCAAACGGAGCGGUAGAAGAGCCAAUGGCAGUUCCUGAAUAUGAUAGCGAGGCAACUGAUAGUGGUAUUAAAGAGGCUGCUUUACUUGUUGUUUACAGCAAUGAAACACAUCGCUAUGAAAAUCAGAAUUCAUCAACAUUGGUUGAAUCCAAGACGGAAGACCUUACGGCGUCCCAAUCCAAUGCAGAAACCACCACAGAUCUAAACGGAGGCAAUGUUCAUCCUCAACUAGAGAAUGGUCAACAGAAUGACGACAUACAACAUCUGAACAAAUCAAUAACUUCUUUACAAAAUGCGAUCAAUGCAUCUAGUGAUGAUAGGCAGGCGGGCCUUGAGCAAGACUUCGGCGCUCAAUCUAAACCAGAGAGUGACAGUCUUAAAAAUGAAGCAGAAACACAGGACGUGCAACGGAUGGAAGGGAUUGGUGACCAAAAAGUUAAAGACCACCAGGCAGGAAGAUAAGAAGCUUAAACAAACGAUGGAAACUGUAGCCACAACGUAGGAAAUGAUCAAUCAGUACCACUCAACGUCCUAGACAUUCAAUCUAAGUAUGAUUAAAAUUCCAAAACGACGAAGUUUCUUCAACUCGACAAGUAAAUUGGUCUCCACAAUCGCCAGCUUAUAGUAAUUAAGACACAAUUUUACUUUGUGAAGAGAAAGGAUUAUAUAAUUGCUAGGGUUAAAGCCAACACCAAAUGACAAGAGGGAUGACGAUGGACGCUUCAGUUUACACAAAUAGGAACUGGCUUUUUUAUUUGAGUUACGCUUCUCAUUUUAAUUAAAAAGGACUGUAUUAACUUUUUAAAACUAAUUUAUCAAUGUAUCUGAAACUUCACAACUAUUUCAAAAGAACACAAAUUCAUGGAAUAUAACUCUGCUGUGUACAUAUAAUGAAAUAAAUGUAUUAGUAGUGUU